AUGUCACCACGUCUCCCUCUCUCUCUCCCUUCUCUCCGGCACCGUGUCCUCUCCUCUCCUCUCGCGCAGGGGGCGCGCCGCACCUUCCUCCGAAACCCGAAACGAGAUCCCUCUGUUCCCCCGACGUAUGCGGAACUCGAGGCUGAAGCGAGGAUCGGAAGACUGAGAGUGAUCGUCGUUAGCUUACCUUUGGUUGUCGUUUGUGGAUAUAUAUUGUAUCGCCGUAUGAUGCUCGGGGAGGAACAGCGCAGGACGGAAUGGGCAAAACUGGGGGGUACGCCGCCCGGCAAGAUUGGGGAUCCGUUAGUGAGUGAGAAGGAGAGGGGGGUGGCGAAAAGGCCUGAGGGGUCGGCUUGA